GUUUGCGUCACGGAUCUGUGUGUGAGCGCAUGUCAUUCAAGGUGCUGCUGGGAAGCUGGGCAAGCAUCGCUGCAUCAAUAAUUGGGUGAUUUGGCCGCCGGGUGUGGAAGCCUGGUCUUGGCCCCGGACACCAGCCCAGUGAGGAGGGCCCAGCUAGCUGGGGGUGCCGUGAGAGGGGUGUGUGUGUGUGUGUGUGUGUGGGGGGGGGGGGGGCACGGUGUCACAGGGCGGGCGUGAUGAGCGGGAAGAGCCUGCUGCUGAAGGUGAUCCUGCUGGGCGACGGCGGCGUGGGCAAGUCGUCGCUGAUGAACCGCUACGUGACGGACCGCUUCGACUCGCAGUCCUUCCACACCAUCGGCGUGGAGUUCCUGAACCGGGACCUGGAGGUGGACGGGCGGCUGGUCACCCUGCAGAUCUGGGACACUGCGGGCCAGGAGCGCUUCAAGUCCCUGCGCACGCCCUUCUACCGCGGCGCCGACUGCUGCCUGCUCACCUUCGCCGUGGACGACGUGCAGAGCUUCCAGAACCUGGGCUGCUGGAAGAAGGAGUUCAUGUACUACUCGGACGUCAAGGACCCCGCCCGCUUCCCCUUCGUGGUGCUGGGCAACAAGGUGGACAAGGAGGAGCGGCGGCAGGUGGGCCUGGAGGAGGCGCGCGCCUGGUGCGAGGAGAACAGCUGCUGCCCCUACUUUGAGACCAGCGCCAAGGACGACACCAACGUGGCGGCGGCCUUCGAGGCGGCGGUGCGCGAGGUGCUGGCCGCCGAGGACCAGAUCGACCACGCGCUGCUGGGCAGCACCAUCGACCUGCACGGCAACCGCAAGUCCACGCGCUCGUCGUGCUGCUGAUUGGGCCGAGCGUGGAUCACUGGAUGGGUCGCCCCCCACCCCUCGCCCCCCACCUCCUCCUCCUCCUCCUCCUCCUCCUCCUCCUCCUGAAAUGCCUUUGCAGGCCUCUGGUCGAGGUUGGUGAGGGCAGUGUUCAUCACGUGUGUUACAUGAAGGUACGAGCGACGGGGCGGUGCGUUACUUAAAGAUUACGUGGUGACUUGCAGCUUAAUGUAGCGGUUGCCGGCCCACGGAUGUGGCUGGCAUUCAGACGGCUAACUCGGUUGAACCCCGCUGCGGUACGUCGUUAAUGGCACACUUGUCAUCCCAUCUUCGAAUCUCUGCUUCCAGCAGUGUUGCACAAGAAGCGUGUACUCUUGAGGCGGGUUAACCUUUCGCCUCCCUGCACAGGCGUUUUUGAUCAAACGGCCCCUCUUAAUAGUGAUUCAUCUUAAUCUCUGUGUGUUCAUCUACUCGACAUGAGAGCAUAUUCUCUGCAUCCUAUCUUCCACAUAAGCACAGUCUGCUUUGAGGCAGAGCACACCCUGGUACUUGUGCAGCUAAUGGUAAUCUCUGUGUUUAGUAAGGUGGUACCUCUGAUGGUCCUUCUGUAUACUGCACCAGUCCAUCUCACUGUCAGACCUGUCUCUGUGGUCGUCUGAUAGCUACUGGCAUUUAGCCAGCGAGGACAAAGAGCUUUGUGAAACACGCUUCUCCCCAAUCACCCUGCUGUUGCAUGAGGACUGACGACACCCGUUAAGGUGUUCAUACAUAUCUUAGGGAUGCUAGGGUGCAGCUCCCAAACAAAAAAAGGGAAGUAGGCGAUUUGACUUCAAAGGGAAGUGAAAUGUGAGAUUGAAGCACAGUCUACAUAAGCACUCGUGAUUUUAUUGUCAGUAUGCCUGUAACGGCUACCCAAACUGUAUUACUGGGCAUUGUUGGCACAUGGCUUCAGUUUUAGAUAGUGAUGCAUCGUUAAUUUAUUUCCACUGCCAAUACCAGUAACAAGUUCAAUGCUGAGUACCAACAGGGCUUGUACAUUGGAAUGCAUCGUGGGAUUGGGCAAGCAACACACGAGCAUAGUGGGAGGCCUCAUCUGAGUGUAAUUCUAAGUCAACCGUCUAAUAAAGUCUAAUGAAAACGUUGUUUUGCCAUGUCUCCUGUGAGAAGCACUCUGGCAGUUUCCAACACAGCAAUGUCUACCAUUAGGGCAAAUAAUUUCACGAUAAAUUACCUGACACUGACCAUAGAAACAAGACUGCUUACAUAAUAACUAACAUCAAAUGCUCCUAUAUGCUCUCACGAUGAGAGCACUCAUUGCCAUGUUCAAGCCCUAAACAAUCAAUUGGUUAUAGAAAACAGAAUAGACUAGUCUUAAGAACAUUGAAAUUGAAAUUAAUUAAAUUCGUAAGGCAGAAAGUCUUGUCAAUUGUCAUUAAUAUCUGCCACAUUUGAUAGAGGCCCUCCUAGGCCCCAGUGCAUGCAUUUUGGUCAUUUUUGGCCUGGAUUUAGACACUUCAAGACCGCCAUUAUGCAUCUUGUUUAUGUUCCUCAAAUUACCCGAUUUUUUUUUUUUGGUCAAGUUUGGUUAUUGCCAUGGGAUAUAAGAAAAAUGCUAAUUAAGACGUCAUUGACUUUGAGCAUAUGCUAUUGGGUUUGUCCAGUUAUACUAUUUUUUUUGUUUUGUUUUUGUGUUUUAUGAAGAUUUUUUUAUUUUUUUGGUUUACAGUGAGACAUGUUACCUACUUUAUCCUUCUAUUCCCUCAGAUAAUAUCGACUGGUACUUGGGCCACCAUUUAGGCCCUUUAGCGAUUUCUAAAAUCAGAUUCCCUGCAUUACCACUGCAUUACUAUAAUGUCUGCCUUGUAUCGUCAAUUUGCGCAUUUCAAAUGUCGGCUGAAGAAUGUGAAAUAGCCUGAGCACAAAGCAACCAAUGUUACUGUGUGGAUUGUUUGUGUGCUUGUGUGCGUCUCCUCUGUGUUACAAAUGAGUAUCCUCAAGAAAUGCCCUCUGCUGCCUAACUGUAUUCUGUAUUGUUAAUGGCACUUUUUAUCACGUUCAAUGUAAGCUUGCUUUCCACCACAAACGUUUUGUCUGUUGGGGUUUUACGACAGUUUUUAUACAGCUUCGAGCCUGGAAAAAUAACGGCUGACAUUUUUAUUUUAUUGCUACAAUAGUGUUUUGUUGUCUUCAUAUAUUUCAGUGUUGCAUCAUAAGGAUGAAUUCCGAUUUGCACAUGCCGAAUGCAUAUGCAAGCCAUCCUUUUCUCUAAGUUGCUUGUGUUCACAGCUUUUCAUCUGCUCUUUUUGCAGUGUAUUGACCUCUGUCUGAGGUUCUCCUUUCAGAUGAAAGGGAAGGACACGCGUUGUUGUCACAAAAGGUCUACUUUAAUAAACGUAACCGGUACUGUAGUCGACUUGACUUAAGAGGCCUUCUUUGUCUGGCUACUCCAGAACAGCUUGUCCUCAAAGGAUACAAAGGAUAUACUGUGGUGUAUUGAGGCUAGGUUGGGGAUGUAUUGGAAGAGAUUAAUUUACUCUGAACAGAGUACGGCAUUCCUGAUAAAGUAUCGCUGUUGGUUUACAUUAAUUAGAGUGGGAAGAAGUGUUUAAUUCAUUGUUUGGCAUUGUUUGCAUCUCUUCCGCAAUGAUGCAUACCAAGUUACCAACACGACAUGUAGCUCAAGUUGAAGUUAAUUAAUCCCUUAUAAGCUAUUUGUGUUUCGAUUAAAACAAAAUUAAAUGUU